UAAAGCUUUGGCAGACGCGUGGGUGACGCUAGAAGGAAGGUCCGAUUCGCUAAAGUAGCACUACCUUCAUAAAAAGAAUCAUUUUGACCACACACAGUGGUACCUAUUUUUGUAUCUAUAUUUAAUAUUACCGGUAACGAGUAAACCCCUACAAACAUGGCAGAAAGUGACUGGGAUACCGUGACUGUCUUGAGGAAGAAGGGGCCGUCUGCUUCACAGGCCAAAUCCAAGCAGGCAAUCGCAGCUGCUCAGAGACGUGGGCAAGACGUUGAGACAUCCAAGAAAUGGUCUGCGGGGCAGAAUAAACAGCACCUCGUGACAAAGAACACAUCCAAAUUGGACCGGGAGACAGAGGAGCUCCAUCAUGAACGCGUUCCCCACGAGGUGGGCAAAUACAUCCAGCAAGGCAGAGGGGACAAAGGUCUGACCCAGAAAGACUUGGCCACUAAAAUUAAUGAGAAGCCUCAAGUCAUCGCAGACUAUGAAUGUGGGAAAGCAAUUCCAAACAACCAGGUCCUGGGCAAGAUAGAGAGAGCAAUUGGUCUCAAACUGCGUGGGAAGGACAUUGGGCUACCCCUGGAGCCAAAAACCAUGAAAAAGUGAAGACAAAGCCUCGAAAUCAGCCCUCCCCAGGCCCCUUCUUCCCUUGUCCAAAAACUAGAACCCUUUCCCUACCCUCCUUCCAAGAACCCUUUAAACCCCCCUCCCUACCUUCCUCCCCCCCCCUCCCCCUACCUGGGCUGAUCUCACCUGUGUCCUCCCCCAGGACCGGGUUCUCCACUGCAUCACCGGCUGCUUACUGAAACUGUUUCUCGACCACAUAAUCAAAUGAAUGAUCGAACGUAUUUUUCAACGUCACUAACUCGGGAGUUCUGUGAAUCCGUUUGCUUUGGCUUUGGCAUGAUGAAUUCAACUUUUUAAUGUAGACUAAUUUAAAUAAGUAGAAUUAUUUUUCAUUACCAAACAAACUACUUUGACUCACGUUAUUUCUGAGCAUGAUGAUAAGCCAAAAGUGCUCGAUUGCAUCUUUUUUUUUCACUCACGAGGAAAGAGGGUGGAUGUCAUUACAGUGUUGAAAUGUUUUAAUGCUGUGCUUUGUUUUGAUCUUUUAAAAUAAAGUCUCGCAAUUCAUGACA